UAACCAGGAAAUGACGACACAGUUAACACGCGGAAGUUCUGUGUUUAGUUGACGAUGACGUUUCCCUGAGACAAAAAAAUGUGCCUUGCUUCAGCUAACGGGAUGAAUUAACUAGUGUGCUACCGAAGAGAUUCAUUGAAAACUGCAGCCAAACACGUAAGGGAAAUAAUUGAGUGACAGAGGCAGGAUGUUGGAGUCCUAUGUCACGCCCCUGUUGAUGACCUACGUGAACAAAUACAUCAAGAACCUGAAGCCCUCUGACCUGCAGCUGUCGCUAUGGGGAGGAGACGUAGUACUGAGCAAGCUGGAGCUGAAGCUGGAUGUCCUGGAGCAG